UGCCGCUCGCUCCAGCUGAGCCCUGAGUAGCAGCAGGACCAGGGCAGGGACUGACUCCAGUCCUUGGACUUAGGACACCGCAGCACCUUCCCUUACGUGCGUGACUCAGUCGCAUAUCAUUUCUGUUUAUGCCUGGGGUGGGGAGAAAAAUCCCAAACCAGCCGUGUAAAUGAGUAUGGAAGAUUAUGAUUUCCUCUUCAAGAUUGUUUUAAUUGGCAACGCUGGAGUGGGGAAGACGUGCCUAGUCCGACGAUUCACUCAGGGUCUUUUCCCCCCAGGUCAAGGAGCCACAAUUGGAGUCGAUUUUAUGAUUAAAACAGUAGAGAUUAAUGGUGAAAAAGUAAAGUUACAGAUCUGGGACACUGCAGGUCAAGAGAGAUUUCGUUCAAUUACCCAAAGUUAUUACCGAAGCGCCAAUGCCUUGAUCCUUACCUAUGACAUCACCUGUGAGGAAUCUUUCCGUUGCCUUCCUGAGUGGUUGCGAGAGAUAGAACAGUAUGCUAGCAAUAAGGUCAUCACUGUGCUAGUGGGCAACAAGAUUGACCUGGCUGAAAGGAGAGAGGUCUCCCAGCAGAGGGCAGAGGAAUUCUCAGAGGCUCAGGACAUGUAUUACCUGGAGACUUCAGCCAAGGAAUCCGAUAACGUGGAGAAACUCUUCCUUGACUUAGCAUGCCGGCUCAUCAGUGAAGCAAGACAGAACACACUGGUGAACAAUGUAUCUUCACCCUUACCCGGAGAGGGCAAAAGCAUCAGCUAUUUGACUUGUUGUAAUUUCAACUAAAGGCUGAGGCAAAGAGAAUCAAAGGGAAUCAGUAGUUGCCUUGGUGGGCCGUGUGUUGCUAGGGAGUCUGGCAAUGACAGUGGCUCCCGCUCUUGGACCUUCUGACUCCUGUAGGCCCCAGAGCUUACAAAGCAUGCAGGCCAAGGGCCUCGACUGCAGGCCAGCGUCAGCAGAACACAUAACGGUUCCAGCCUUUUGCAGUCUGGCAUUGGAGCAAGAAGAAAAUUGCACUAAGCGCUCCAUGAUCUGCAGAGCAUGUUGCUUUUAUUUUUAAAAAAGCAAUUAAAAAUGCAUUCCUGAACACAGUGCAGGGGAUCACAUACUGUGGGAAUCCCUCCUGUGUGUCAGCGGGUACAUGUGGGGCUGUUCUUUAGACUUCAGUGGUAAUCUGGUGCCCUUGGUUUUCUUGUCUACCAGGUAAACCAAAACUGGAAAGGCCAAGUACUGUCUCUGUGGUCCUUACUGAUAACCCCAUGGAGAUUUUGAAAAGUGUUGUUUCUUCGGUCCACAAGCACUUUCAAAACCUUUGGGAUGUAAAAAUGAAAACUCAUCUCAUGACCAACAGUAAAAAUUAUUGUUUAUAAUAACAUAUACAAGCUCCAUGACUCCUUUUGGUGCUAAUCAUUAUGGUAUUUCACAGACCAAACGUUUUACUAUAUUGAUACCCUUAAAUGUAUUACCUACAAAUAAAAAGAAAACGGGGAAAACCCACGAAUCAGCAGUCUUUCUCAAAGCCUUGUUACCAUGUUUGCUAGGAUGGGUUUGGACAUGAGACUCUCUUUUUAUUUUUCCAUAUUCUCCUGGAAAUUUCUUAACUUUGUUCUAUUCUGUCACACUUUUCCUGCCCUUGAAGGUAAUCAGAGUCUGGAAAAAAAAUGGGGAAAAACACAAUGGAUGAUGACAUAAUAAUAAUAAUAAAAAAAGAUAAGUUAUGAGACAUUCUGAGCAGAUGAGAAAACAGCAGACAUGACCAAAAUACUGUGGAAUAUGCACUGACUGCAGAGCAGGCUUCCCGACAGAGCACGGUCCUGGAUAGCAAGUCACACCUUAUCCUUUCUGGAACUAUCCUUGGGGAGACCAAGGCCUGGGAUUUUAUAGACCUUUGUAGUAUGACAAGUGAGGAUAGCAACAGAUGAAAAGUUUCGCAAACCGUUUUUGUAUCUUCAGUGAGCUUAGGAAAGGCCUGCUUAGGAAGCAGGCUGAGGUGUCAUUUACCAUAUUAGUGUAUCUGAUCUUAGAUUCAUGACCAUUCAUUCUUUUCCCUUUGUCUUGUCUUUCCCGGUCUCACCUUAUCACUCUCCUUUUCCCACUCCCUCCUCCUCGCCUUCCUUCCCAUCCUGGUAUGCACGUGUCACUGCAGAUCUCCAGUUCAGAUAGAGAUCUAUAUGCCUUUACUUAGCCAACUUCAAGACAGGUCUCACGUCGGAGGAUGUGCUGCUGAAUGAGGCCCUGUUUCUCCAGUGCCAUGGUUCCGUACCUUCCAAGUUGUUCACGCUCAUGAAUGUGGAUUGCGACUGUAAUUAAAUCUGUAUGGCAUGGGUGCCGGCAGGUGUUUCUGUGGCUUGCGGUAUAGCAUAGCUGAGGGAUGAAUCACUGAGGGAGGAUAUGACGUGUAGUUCCGCUGUUGGUGUUGAUGGUGACGGUCUUGGACCUGAGGAGUCGUUCUUGGGAAGCUGACUUAUAAAGCAGUGAGUCAGCACAGGAGGAUAUUGUUAACACGUUUCUGGCGUCUCUCUAGCGACUCCAUCAUGUCCAAUCUCCUUCACCUGGAACUGUGUGUGUUACCACCCGUCCUUGUUAUCGUGAUUGGCUCACUAUGCGUUUCCUGAUUCUAUAAGAAAGAGAGAGGCUUCCUAAAAAGUUCUAACUGCCUGUCCUGGAUUCAAGAAAGAGAGAGAAAUCACUUUUAAUUGGAAAAUCAAAAUCAUUUUUAAUUACCAUGACUUCUCUAUGAAGCCAGCAACCAAAGGCAUCAAAAGAUAAACAAAUCAAGCUUACAGAAUUUAUCUUUCUACUGUGAGAGAAUGUCCCUAAAUUUAGAUUUAUUACUUUUCUUUACCGCUGAUCUCCUCAGCAUGUGAUGGCUCAGCCUUGGUUCGCAGCAGCGUUAAAAAUAACGAUGCUUGGUGAACUUUAAGGCUUUGUUAGAGUGGACUAAUUUAGUUCGGGAGGAACAGCUUCUGGAAGUGAUCACGCUUAUGUUAUGGUAGUCUCAUUCCUUUAUUCCUUAGACUUAUAGCGCCCCCUUCUGACCCUCCCGGUUAAGCAGGCUUUCAGCAGAUCAAAGCCAUCAAUCCUUGGCCCAUUAGUGGGGACACCUGAAAAGCUGGGCCCUUACGUUCCACAGUUCUGUGAAUUUCAGAUCAGGCCUUUUGGAUAUUCGUCUAGCGAUGUAUCUCAAAUUUGAGAACAAUCCUUGACAAUAUUAUAGGUGCAAUAAAUACCAGUUGAAUAAAUGAUUCAUUGCCAAGAUGUUUUUUGUUUGUUUAAAUGAAGGUCUUUAAAGUGGUAACUGAAAAAAAUCAUCUUAAUGUAGGGCAGGACAUAAAUAUAAUUUUGCCUAAUAAUUCUUAUUGGCAGGGAAAUAUCUGCUCUGAUAAGUCCCUUGUACACAAAAUUAUUUAAUAGUGGAAAAAACCAAGAUUUGUCUUAUUGUAACGUAGUUUGUCUUAUCCUGACAAGACCAUCUCUUAUUUCUAUUUGUGAUAUGAUCUUUUUUCUUCUUUUAAUAGAAUUAUUAAAUACACAGCAAUAUUUCGUAGCUUUCAAUGAAAACACAUGUUCAGGAUCUAGAGCCAAGCUUAGAAAAGAUCUACGGCGUCAUCCAGUUUUCUGGCUCGGCUUUGCAUAUGCCGUAUUCUCAAAGAACUUAGUGAUUUCUCUCUCCCGUACUCAAAGCUGUGUUCCUUUGAUCUGUUAGAUGGCAUUAAUAUUUAAUUAUAUAGAGCCAAUUAUCUUCUGUGUAGACUUCUAUGUUUACAUUAUUGGCUUUUUUUCUGGCUUUCAUUUCUCCCCCAUAUUCUUGUCAUUUUUGAUGUCAGCAUCUUUCUCUAGGUGAUAAGACAAUAACUAAAAAUGAAAUAAAUGUAUUAGCACGACAGUCUGCCACGUUCUGGUUGUGAAAUUAUUAAGAAACCACUGGCCAAGACAGGAUGCUGAGACUAGUAUGAUCCAAAGCAGUGAGACUUGAUGGAGGGAGGAAGCAGAAUCUUGCUCUUCUCUUCAUGAAAUAGACCUUGGCAGGACCCUCGUGACUUCUGGUGUUAGAUCAAGGAUUUGCCAGUCUACUCUUAGAGCUAUCCACAGCAUCCACUUUCAGUUAGACUAAUUCUGAAAAAAAAAUAUCAGUUUGUAAGUCAGGUUGAUAUUGUCCAUGAACCGUCCCCCCACCAUGUAUCGUACCAGUGGCCUUAAAGGCGGGGAGAGUUUCUAAGUCUUAGUCCUACAGAGUGUUGUGCAUCGCGUGGCCGUACUUACAGAAGGAUCACUUUCCUGUUAGCUUCCGGAAGAAGUAGGUUUGGAUGUUUCAUGUUUUUGUUCUUAAGAAUUUUUAAAUGCCGUGUUUUACUUUCUUCCCUAAACCAUGGUCUUGAUAGGUACGUUUCACAUCGCAUCCUUCCGACAAAUGUAUUCCACACAGCAAUUAUUGUUAAACAGUAAACGAAGAUAUAUUUUCUUCUCUGGACUUUCUGUUCCUGUGGAAUGAGUCUAUCUUUAUUUGGAAGGAACAGUUGCCUUUCCUUACUGUACACAAGGCAAUCAGUCAUUAAUAUUGGAUAAUGGAGCUGGCGUUUCAUCUCCUUCCUAAAUCUCAGGAUGUUUGUGCUAUAAUUACUCCUGGGAGGUACUGCUUUUUACCUUUUGUCUUUUUUUUUUUUUUUUUUUUAGAUCAGAUCUUAGUCUACAGCUCCAGAAAUCAGGCUGGCAUAGAAAUCACAAUGUAGUUCAAGGCUGGCUUAGCACUCACUCUCUUGCCUCAGUCUUACGGGGGUAUAGAUGUGAGCCACCGUGGCUAGCUUGGUGGUCUUUGAAAUUAAAAACAAAUGGAGGGAUAGCUGUUUAAACGAAUUUAACAUUUAAGAUAAUUGACGUUAUUUGAAGGAUUUUUUUUUUUAAUAGGCUGUGGCAUAGAGAGAGGAGUAAAUUUAUAACUUCUAAGUUCAAAGAGGAAGAAUGAAGUCCACCACACAGAAGCCUGGGCUCUGUGUCAGGGAGAAUUUCUCAAAAAAUUGGAACCCUCUGGUAGUGGCUGUCUUUCUGUCAAGCAAAGGGUAGAUACAAAAUGUGUAAAGAAAAUGUGGAGAUGACUGACAUUGUUGACUGAGGAUUCACCCAGAUGCUUUAUUAACUCAAAUUUCUAAAUUGUAAAUUUUUUUAUGCUCAAAUAUAUGUUGAACCAACAUUAAAAAAAAGCAAAGGCUUUGUUUUUUUUUGUUCUGUCACAAAUGCACUGUCCUCUAGGGAAAAGUUGGCUGCAUGUCCUUAGGCCGAGAGACUGAUCUGCCAUUAAGUCCUAAACUAGAAAUGCCUUAUCAGCCACUGUGGGAACAAAGUAGCUUCUGUGUUAAAAAUGGAAGCGGUAUCAUCAUUUAGGCCGGAAGUAUGUGGAAUCAUGGGAAUUAUCCAUCUCAUUUGGCUUAAUAAACAGUGCAUCCUCAGGAUUUUGUACGUGUUCUAGCAGAGGAGGAUCCUCCAUCUGAGUCCUCCAGUAGACCAGUGCUCCAUGAGGAGGACAGGAGGCCCCGGUAGAAAUCCACCCCUAAGAUCUGAUCGAGGAAGUCUCCAGUGACAUCCGAGAGGUUUCCUUGAUUCUGGGAAAAGUGAGUUUGAAAGGGCAAAGGCUAAUUUGCUUCACACGCAGACUAACAAAACAGGCCUUUAACUGGAAAAUAAACUAACUAAAAGCACUUUUUUGCCGAUUAAAAUGUAUACAAUCCUGUUUGUAAAAUAGCUUACACCCUUUGCAGUCUGACAGGCACCUCCUCUUUAGUCUUUGCAAAAGGAAACCAUUGUGUGUGAGUCAGUACGGGAAGAAACGUACUUGAAUUUGGGUGGGACUUUCUCUGACUCCUUGUAUAGGAAAUCUGAAGAUAAGGACUGGUUGCCAGUUCUUCUUUGGCUUCAUCAGGUGUAUAAAUUAACUUAAUUUUUUUUAACCUUUCCCACCGGUUUAAAGCAGAAUGGCAGAUGCUGAGCCGUGUUCCAACAAAGUUCCUGGUCAGUGGCAACUCUAGAGGGCAAUGCAGGGAGAGGCACAGAAGCAGAACACUAGGUUAGUGUGCGCACCUGCAACAGUACGGUCAGUGGAGGCCGUAGGCAAAGCUUGAACAGGAAUUUUCUCAUUUAUGAGCUGGACCUGUUAGAAAUUCUCUGAAAUUAGAUUGGCAACAUUAAAAAUAUGUUGCUCAGCAAAUAGGAAGAACUCAAAUAUUAGGGUUUUUGUUUGUUUGUUUUUGUUCUGUUUUGUCUUUUCUUUACCUAGAUUAGACUUUGUAAGUAGGGGCAGUGACAUAGUGACCUUAGUCCCAAGUACUUGGGAAGCUGAGGUGGGAGCUAAGGCCACAAAGGGAGGCUCCAUCGCAAGAUUUUAAGAAAUGGUUUGGGGCAGUCUGUUACAAAGAAUUCCAUUUCUACAAGGAAAUCUCUGAUUCACUUUGUUUCUUUACAUACAUCUUGAGAGACACUCUGUCUCAACAGCCGAUUCCAGGGUUGUAAAUUCCUUAUUAUCAGGAAAUCUCUCUUGGAACUGAAAUACCUCACAGUGCAAUGCAAACCUCCUCUUGAUCCCGGCUGGUUGUUAUCUUUAAGGGGUCACAUUCGCUGUUUAUUACUGGCCUUUGUUUAUUUUUGAAAACUAAGUCAUAAAAGCCUGUUAAGGUGGUUAUUGUCAUCCUCUUGGCGAACAUCCGGGUGGUUGUUGAUCAACUUAGUUUCUUACUCAGUUUCGGAUCAGAUUUAGAUAACUAUGCCGUUCUUAGCUCUUCAGUUAUCCCUGCAGUUCUCCCUUUACUAGUAAUGUAUAAUGGAUGACCAAGUAAGAGUAAUUCUGCCUGUGCGGCUCUUCCUCCCGUCUGUAGGUAAGACUGGAAUCAUAGCUGGGCAGUGGUGGCGCACACCUUUAAUCCCAGCACUCGUGAGACAGAGGCAAGUGGAUCUCUGUGAGUUUGAGGCCAGCUUGGUCUACAGAGCGAGUUCCAGGACAGCUAGUGUUGUUACACAGAGAAACCCUGUCUUGAAAAACAAAACAAACAAAAAAUGGAAUCAAAUCCCAGUUACAUGAUCUGCUUUUAGAAUUAAUUCCAUAUAUGACAUUACUUGAUGAAUGUGUUACCAAUACUCCAAAAUGUUUUUCUUCCCCUUUCUAUGUGUGUGCUACAUUUUGAAAUAAAAAUUGGGGUACUAAUCUCUCAAAAGAGCAAAAAUUCAUAUACAGAGUAAGAAAAGAAUCAUUUGGUUAGAAUAAUUCAUUAGGUGGUGAAUGGCACAUAGCUUUUGUUUAAGAUUACACAGUUAUGCCUGGAUCAAAUAAUAAUAAUAAACUUGAUAAAGCCCUCUGAAAAACAGCUGCUAAGCAUACUGCUUCUGGAAUGUAAUCAUUAGGAAUAAAUAUUCUCAUGUUCUAUACAAUUACAGAAUGUUAACGGAACUUCCUUGUAGACUACUUGACAAUGAAUGUCAGUUGAUUUAUUAAAUGAAGUUUUUUAAAGUAAUUUUAUCCUUUAAGGAUUGCUUGGGAUUUUCAGGUUCCCGAUAUAAAACAUUUCAAAUGAUUGGAAUGCUGGUUUCUAACUUCUACUCAUUGGAGUGUCCGUCUAGACAUACCAGAUGGUUAGAGCUCCCUUGAUGGUGUGUAAACAAGACACACAAAACUGUCUUAACUAGUGCAUGAGUAAAACUGCUAUUUUCAGAAAAGAAAAAAUUCUGCUAAAAAUUUCAAUAAAGAACUAAGACAAGAAUUUGAGAAAAGAAUGCCCUGUAUAUUAUUGCACACACUUUAUUGCAUGACUUUUAGCAUAGGGAUGAAAUAAAAUGCAAAAUAUUUAAUUCUGGGGAAUCUCAGCAGCUAGUUAAAAUAGUUAUAGGAACUGCUUUGUAAAGGCUUAGAAAAUCCUUGAUUUUCUCCAUUUUCUUAUCUCUCCAUUAAAAUGCAGAUAUUUUACAUAUACAGUUUCAGCAAACAGGUUGACCAGUGAAUUUUAUGAACUUGAUUCCUAAUAUAUGGUUACUGGUUUUAUGCAUAGGAUCUCAGUAAACUCCAUAUAUAUCAAUAUAUCACUAUAUAAAUCCUAAUAAUCUACUUUAACAUAAGCAUAGUUCUUGGUUUUAAAUGUCAAUAAGCAGAUAUUAAUAGUACAAUAUAUAUUUUGUGUCCAUGUAUUAUUUUUGCUUAACAAAAAGGCCAUUAGAACUAUAAGCCACUGGUAAUCCAAGUACAGUUAGUUAAAUACAUUGUGUAGAAAGAAGGUUUAUAAAAAAAAUUCAAUCCAGUUUAAAAAAGGGGACAAAGAGGAACCAGGAACCCAACAAAACAUUUUAAAGUUUAAUUCUAUCUAUUAAAAAUUCACACACUUCACACACAGUGAAGUAUAAAAUUCAGUGUUCUCGUGUGCUCACUAUAAGUACAUUGUCACUACUGUCUAAGGUCAGAAUACGUCCUUCCCAAAAGGUUCUGUAUCCCAUAGCAGCCAAACUGCCUCCUCCCCCAGCAUCUGGCAACAGUCUAUCUGCUUUCCUUCUCUAGGGACUUGCCUUGCAUAUAAUGUAACCAUACAAUGUGUGUCCUCUUGUGCCUGACUUCUGUUAAGGUUUUCAAGGCUCAUCUGUGUCGUAGCAUAAGUCAGUAUAUUCUUUUUAUGGCUAAGUCGUAUUCCAUUGUGUGUAUGUGUGUAUAUGUGUGUGUAUGUGUGUAUGUGUUUAUUAUUUUAAUUGUGAAUUAAUCACAUUUUGGACAUUUAGAUUGUUUCUACUUUCUGGUUAGUAUAAGUAACUCUGCUAGAACAUUUAUGUAAUUUUUGUACAUGGUCAUAUUGUUUCUUACAGAUCUCAUAAAUAAUUAGACUAACAAAUUAAGCCAUUUGUAUUUAUUUAAAUAGAACCUCUUAAAGCCCUGCUUGGAGGAUGAAACUUACAAUCUUGGUUAAAUUGGUCAACUGGAUCCCUGAGAAAUGCCUAUCUGUCAGGUAUAUUUGUAAGAAUCUUUCUGUGAGGGUGUCAUUUUGAUAUGGUUAUCAAUUUCGUGAGGACUCCUUCAGACUUUGUAGAAAUUACAUUGUCAUCACUGAGAAUUUCAAAGUGCUCAGCUUUCCUUUAAAGACAGCUGCCAAUCAUACUGGAGAGGGCAUUCAUUAAACCUUGUAGGAUCAAUCAAUGAAGGAGCAUUUGAAAUGUAUGGUUUCUUAUUUAUCACCUAUCUCAACAUUUGGGUCUUUCUUCUUGGAAAAAAGAUGAUCAAAUUGCCAAACUUACUGACUGUUGUAGUUUAAGUUUUUAUUAUUAAGAAGUAAUUCAUAAUGAGAAUAAAAGUGUAAAGAAUGUAUUUUGUGCAUAAAGGAUGAAUGUAUUUAACAUUUUUUUAUUUGUAACGAAUUUUUUAAAAGCUGAAUGGAGAUUGAUUUCCCAUGUACUUGUGCAUAAAUAAACAUUUCCUGU